AUGUCACAUGUUCUUGUUAUUCCAUAUCCAGCACCAGGCCAUUUGCUCCCAACCUUGGAUUUAUGUAACCAGCUUGCUCUUAAAGGUUUAACCCUAACCAUUUUGGUCACACCCAAAAACCUUCCUCUUCUUCAACCUCUUCUUUCUCUCCACCCUUCAAUUGAAACUUUAGUCUUUCCUUUUCCUUCCCACCCAAACCUCCCCCCUGGCAUCGAAAACAUGCAAGAACUCCCCAUAUCUUACAUCCCUAGUAUAUUAUCAGCCUUAUCCACAUUCCAUGACCCUCUUGUCCAAUGGUUUCAAUCCCACUCUUCCCCUCCCAUAGCCAUCAUCACUGAUAGCUUUUUCACUACUUGGACACACCCUUUGGCAAGCCAUCUUGGAAUAAAAAAUUUGGCUUUUUCACCGUUGAACGCUCAUGGUACGCUUGGAUGGUGGAAAGCAUUGGAGAAUAGGUUGAAAAAUUUUGAGCAUUUCGUGGUAGAGGGCCGUGUUGUUGACAUGGUCACCUGGGGAGUAAUAUUGAACUCGUUCAAUGAGUUAGAGGAAGGGAUGUUGGAAUAUUUAAAGAAAAAUGUAGUGGGCCAUGAUAAUAUUUGGGCUGUUGGUCCUUUCCUUCCAAUUGGCAACGACCCGUUAAGUGCUUCUAAGAAAUGUGGGUCUAGCUCCAUACCAGAAACCGAAGUGCUUCACUGGCUGAAUUCGUGCCAUGUGGAUAAGUCAGUUGUGUACAUUGGUUUUGGAAGUCAAAUAAGGUUGACCAACAAUCAAAUGCAUGCCUUGGCCGAUGCAUUAGAGAAUAGUGGUGUUCGGUUUAUUUGGUCAGUAAAAGACCCAAUGAAAGGAGCAAACAACGAAUUGGAUUAUUUUAAUGAUCAUGAUGGUGUGAUUCCUGAUGGAUUCGAAAAUCGUGUGGCUGGGAGGGGUUUAGUAGUCAAAGGGUGGGCCCCACAACAAGCGAUUCUCCAACAUCGAGCCGUUGGAUCAUACUUGACCCAUUGUGGAUGGAAUUCGGCCAUGGAAGGACUCCUUGCUGGGGUGCUUUUGCUUGCAUGGCCCAUGCAAGCAGACCACUUUGACAAUACCAAGUUGCUGGUUGACCAACUGGGUGUGGCUGUCCGAGUUUGUGAGGGUCUCAAAACUGUUCCGGACUCGGUGAAUUUGGCUAGGGUUUUGGUUGGCUCAAUGAGCGUGACUUCUGAUGAAAAGAGGAGUAAAGCUAUGGAAUUGGGAAAACUGGCUCUAAAUGCAGCCAAGCAUGGUGGGAGUUCUGAUAUAGCAUUAGACGAUUUGGUGAAAAAACUCUCUACUUGAUUCUGACAUAGAAAAUCGUAUUGUGGAAAUCUUUUGAGACAAAUCAGAUGAGAAUGAUCGAGAAUGAUCAAGUUAACAACUCAAAUAUAAUAUCCCCACUAGAAUAAGUAUUUUUAUUUAGUUUUACAAAUAAUAGGUUUGAAAUUGAAGGUCCUUAGAAUUAAGAGUCUCAUGCAACUUAGUUGUGUACGUUUACUAAGAG